AUGUUUACCGAAUUGUCGGGAGGAGAAACAAAGCAACAAGUUAGGGAGGCAACCGAAAUGCCUAUGAGUGGGGUUGAACACAAAAGAGUCAAACCACCGGAGGCGAUCGCCUCUCCUGUCCCAUCCAUCAGGCCUCAGGCAACAGGACAAUCUGGUGCGUCAGUCACUCGGACAGAAUGCCCAUCUCCGGCGUUUCCCGACAUCCCAACUCGACGGCCGGACAUGCAUGAGUGCACGCGAGACGGCAAAAGUGUACCUCUCAAGCGACCGGUUGUCGACGAGCGCAUCAACACGGCCUCGUCGGCUUUCGACCUCUUCUGCAUGUCCACUUCCGUGCGCGGCAUGUCCAAGUUGCGCACGGGUCCUCGCUUCCUGCGCACCCUUUGGCUCGUCUACGUCACCAGCAUGACCGGGCUUCUCAUCACCGCCAGCGUGUUGAUGGUACUGGACUACCUCAAUUACGACGUCACCGUGCACACACGAGUUCUGCUCGACGACCGAUCGCCAUUUCCCGCACUCACCGUGUGCCAUCACCACCCGUUCUCCUACGAAGCAGCCCACCUUUGGCGUCGCAACCAAAUCCUCUCGCCAACCAAGUUCAACCGGUACCUGCGACAGACCACUUUGGGAAUGCUGAGCACGGCUGACUACCGUCUGUACCAUUUCAGCCUCAUGUUCGACACGCUCAACAUCUACUAUCAGAACUUGGUGCCGGAGGAUGCUGUGAGACUGGGCCACAACACCAGCAUUUUCUGGAACUGUAUGCGAAUGGUGGACUACGCGGACAUCCAGUUUGAGCACGAUUGUCGCCUCUUGACCGGCUAUCGGAUCCGUCAAUUCUCCCAUCCCGUCUACCUCAACUGCCACACUUUCGAGCCGCUCACUCGACGGGACUCGGAGUCGAUCACCUUCUUCAGCCUGAUCGUGCGCAUGGGCCCGAAAGAGUCUGCCAGCCCGGCAGAAGAUCACGAACAGGCCUUUCUUCCCGACAUCUUCGAGCAGGCCAAAGGCCUGCGAGUGGCCGUCCACGAGGCCGGCAGUCGACCGGACCUGCGCAAGCACGGCCUCCACGUGGAGCCGGGCAAGUUGAACGAGAUCAACUAUGAGCCGAUCCGUUGGAAGAAGAUGAACACACCGCGGCGUCCCUGUCUGCGACCCAACGAGACGCACCAAUUUCGAGAUCUCCACGUCGUCUACAAUUACUCGCAGGCAGAGUGCAUCGAACUGCGCAAGCAGGAGAAGAUCAUGGCCAAUUGCGGUUGCAUCUUCAUGGAGAUGCCACGACCCAAAGUUCCACACAUCGGGUUGCCGUAUUGCGCCAAUGUGAUGCACAACUUCACUCUCGACGAGUUGGUGCGACGGAUGGGUUGUCUGGCAAAUCACCUGAUGAAUGUGUCGCAGAACAGUGACAUACGAGAGGCUUGUCGCCCUGUGUGUGAUUACUACGACUACGCGAGCACAAUCUCCAUCACAAAGUGGAGAGCACAAUCGUGGAAGAUUUAUUGGCUCCGCGUGCAGAACAUGCUGCUGCAGGAGCUGGCGACUGCUCAAGCCGUCUGCUCAGACUGCCGGAUUUCUGACAGCCCCGAGUUCUUGCGCUAUAAACACUAUCUUUCGCGGGAAAGUUUCAGCCAACUUCCCAACAUUUCUGAACUGACCGAGCUCUCUCCAACUGGCAGCAUAGACCAAGUGAUAGGACAACCGUCUGAGCAGCUGAAACUGGAUGGAGAUGAGUUUGCGUAUGUCGUGUUGAAGCGGAAGUCGGACAAUACAGUUGAGAAGUACGAGAAGCUGGUGCUGAGUCUACCGGUGCUGUUGAGUCGAUUGGGCGGCCUGUGCUCUCUGUCGAUCGGAUUGACGGCGGCUUUUGGCGUGGAAUUGAUAGAGUUUCUCUACCUGCUGCUCGAACGACGUCGAGCAGGACGGCGGAGAAAGGUGAAGAGCACCAGAAGGCUUCAACCGAUUGCCGAGCCGACUGUCGGCAACACUGGCUUCAGGGAGCAUUGCAACAAUCGAGUGGACAAAGGUGGUAUCACUUCGGAGUGUGGAGAUUGGAAGAGACAGGAGUCCGAUGCACUUGCAGCUGAUCCGAAUAGUCAGAUAAGCAAAAUGAGGAGCUGUGACAUCAACAGUUUACUCGACUCUCGCCAAAAUCUGGGACGAAUCUUGGAUCAGUGCAUCAGAAGGAUUGUCUCAGAGGCCUUGGUAGAGCAGAGGACAGCCAUAAAACCAUAUAAAAGUGCCGCUUGCCAGACGUUACGGGAUAACCUUUAA